AGUUCAGGUAUGUGUGAGACUGCAUGAUAAUUCUUGUCAUUCAACCACAAAACAAAAGGAACAACAAUACAUAUAAUAAACACACUGGGACAGUGACAGCAUAGACAACUUCCUGCAGUGGCAAUACAUGGGUUUGAAUAACAUGCAAAUACUUACUGUUUCUCAUAUACAAUUGAAGUGUAAGAGUCAAAUUACAUUAUACAAUAGCAAGAAUAGUCAUCCUCUGUAUUUCAGUAUGCGAUGGGAUGUCUUAACCUUGGUGAUAUCUCAGGAUCUCUUCAACAUAUGUUGUUUUUUAUUUCCAAAUACCUCACAGGGCGGCAGGCACAACCGUGUAAUUAUUAGUUUAACGGUACAUAUCUGAGCUUAUCCAACUAAAAAUGUAUAGAAGCAUAAUUGCAAAAAAUGUUAUUUUGAUUGUACCAUGAUUGUAUAGUGGAUCCCUUUGUCAAAUAAUGUCUUUAGUAACUGUACACUGUAAAAUACCACCCACUACAAAGCAAGCUGCCAAAGUUACAAGACUCAGUAUUUUUUGUAUAAGGUGCUUGAUAGAGAGGUACACAUUUUCAUGGCAUAUAAACAUUAAAUACAGAUAAUACAUGAACAAGUGUUUAAUUCAGUAAUAAUAUAUAACAAGUAGCUUUAAACCAAGUAAACUUUUUGUAGUGAAAUAGUAUUGAACUUCUCCUCCCCCACCCAUGUGCAUUAAAAAAUGAACAUUGUAAACAUGCCCAGGGAAGACAAGACAAGACAAGACAAGACGGAACACAUAACACAUUGCUUAAAAUUACCUUUAAAAUGUCUGGAGUGGAAAUGUUUGCAGGAAGAGGUUUCCCCUUGUGUCUCAGAUAUUCAGAUACAAGAGAAUCUGCAUCAUCAAGGCUGGGAAGAAAAGGCGAUCAGAAUGAAUUGAGGUUUUUAUUUUGUCCACAAUACCAAGAGUACGUGUGGUGCUAUAUAUCAAAGUUAUAUUGGUAUAAUCUUAUUGUACUGCUUAACAAUCUAGAACGUCAACAGCGAUUUUAGUAAAAACAAACAAAAAAAAAACUAAAGAAGAGCCAUAUCAGACACGGUGUCAAUACAUAUUAUUGAUAAAGUCGAAUGCACACACAUCAGGGAAUUUUAGAAAACAAAGAACACAAGUUCCUUUUUCUUUCCUUUGCUCUGUGAGGUUAUUCCCAUUUCCAUGAACCACUAAUAGGUCUGUGCACAUCUGCAUACACACACAGUGCAGCAUAUAAAAGACUCCAGCAACAGAACUGUCAACCAUAGACACAACGCGCAGCUUCCCAUUCAGCAGGCACAGGACAGCUCUGCAGGUACCAUUUGCCUUAAUUCAGUUCAGCGAUGGAAAACCAGUCGUGCUGUGCAUUUCCAGAGCCAAUCUUAGACGUCACCCUGCCACCUGUGCUUAUAUUUGUGUUUGUAUUUGGUACCAUAGGCAAUAUAAUUGGCUUGUGGAUGUUCUUUUUUCUAAUGAAAACCUGGAAACCGAACAGCAUUUACCUGCUGAAUCUGGCAGUGGCAGACACAGUCGUCAUAUUUUGCCUUCCCUUCCGCGCAGAUUACUACAUGAGACUGAAGAACUGGAUCUAUGGAGAUGCCUCUUGCAGGAUACUGCUGUUCAUGCUGGCUGCAAACAGGGCUGCCAGCAUCUUCUUCCUUACUGCCGUUGCGGUCGACCGUUACCUAAAGAUUGUCCACCCUCACAACAGAAUCAACAAGAUGACUUUGUGGUACGCGGUAUGUGUUUCGUGUGGCCUGUGGGGGCUCAUCUUCGCAAUGACCGCUUACCUCCUCUUUGAACCUCACCUGUUUCUGCAGAACAACAGAACGCAAUGCGAGAGCUUCAACAUCUGCCCUGGCACUAACCCAUCAGCAAUGUGGCACAACACUUACUACGUGCUCCAGUUCCUCGUGCCUGUGUGCAUUAUUGCAUACUCUACAGCCCGCAUAGCCUGGCAGCUGAGAAGCAAGACAAUAGAUAAGACUGGCAAAAUCAAGAGAGCUGUACACUUUGUAAUGGCUGUUGCCAUCGUUUUCGUCAUUUGCUUCAUCCCCAGCAGUAUGUCCAGAGUAGCGGUCUUUAUCCUAAAGUCUCAGUAUUCAGAAUGCAGUUAUUUCAGGGAAGCCAACCUGGCUUUUUAUACCACAAUUUGCUUCACUUACUUCAACAGCUUGCUGAACCCAGUGGUGUAUUACUUCUCAAGCCCUGUAUUCAGUAAGGAGUUUAAAAAAGCUUUCAACAAACUCCGGGGUCGAACAUCUGCAGAGGAUGGUGAUCAGUCAACACAACCAGGGACCAACUCAACCUCAACUGAACAUACCAGGAGUUAGAUAGCAAGGAUCCCUUCAUAACGAUGAAAGCGUUUGUGUGUGAACUAGGGGUGUAGAGAAUGUAAUCCUUUUAAUAGAAUUAUUGUGAAGGUAUGUGUUGUAGCACAGUAAGGUAAAAUAAGCUAGUGGGUUUUUAUUGUUUUUAAUUAGAAAACAUAAUGUGUAUAUUUUAAUGUACUUGUUUAAUCUUAUUUCUGGGUGCUUGUGAUUUAUAAUAGUUUGUUAUUUUCUCAUUAAAGAUGUUUUCUUUCCUGAUAAAUGUGUAGUAAAAAAAAUAAACAACAAACAAACAAAGACUCCAACAGAAAUGAUUAAACCAAUUGAAAUGUAAGUUUAUAGUGAAUGCAAUCUGUAGAAUGAUUGAAAUAAUAAUUUAAUAAAGAUAUAGAAAUGUAGCAAAUUGGAAAGCAUUGGAAACCGGCAUUGUACAUGUACUGUAACUCUUAUU